GGAUAGCCUCCGUCCUGGGCUGAACUCCACGUUACAAAUAAGAGCUGCGGCAGUCCAAGUGGAGCAGAGCAGAGCAGAGGGAGGUGCACCUCACUCGCGGUAAUAUUAAGUAAGAGAGACGAGAGAGCGGACCAUUAUAGACGCAUGGAGCAGCCGCGGUAGACACAAGAAGCAGACGCAGCGAGCGCACGAUUUACGGACACUUUAACGCACACUGGAGGACAAAACUAAGGAUUAUUUACGACAGGGGCACUUUUGUGCACUAGGCGGUGCUGUUGCAGAGACUUCCAGUUGAUCAGACUCCACCAUCACCAUCCAGUCUUCAGUGCUCAAGCAACAAGACCCAAGACGUCUUUAAGAAACUCAGGGUGGAGCUGUGAUUUUCUUGAAUCAUGUAUGAAAAGGAAAGCGCCACUAUGCAGGGUCAACAGGAAACACCUACACUCCAGACCCUGGAGUCCCCGGGGGCUACUACUUCCUACACUGAUGAAACUGUGUCUAUGCUGACGUCGAGCAGCCUCCUGGCCCGAUCUCUGCUGGGACGUCCUGCUCCCAUCAAACGCAAAGAGAGCCCCUCUGCCAACCUGAGGCGCAAGAGAGAGUUCAUUCCACAGGACAAGAAGGAUGAGGGCUACUGGGACAAGAGGAGGAAGAACAACGAAGCAGCCAAACGCUCCAGAGAGAAGCGCCGCAUGAAUGACAUGGUCUUAGAGAGCAGAGUUUUAGCUCUUUUAGAAGAGAACGCUCGUCUUAGGGCUGAGCUGUUGGCUCUGAAAUUCAGAUUCGGGCUUGUCAAAGACCCAUCUAAUGCUACAAUACUGCCUCUGACACAGCCCCCGCAGACGAAUGCUCAGUAUUACCUCCAAAGGGGAGAUCCUAAUAUCCCAGCUCCCAUUCAUAACAAUAAUCAGAUCGGUCAUUUAGCAUCCAGGGCUAACAGGGAAGCAGGGCAUGUGUCAGAAGAUUCAGGGUUCUCAACACCUGGCGGCUCAAGUGUGGGCAGCCCGGUUUUCUUUGAAGAUCGCCUGAGCGACCAUGAGAAACUCUCCCCACAUCGAGGAGAGGAGUUGGGCUACGAGAUGCACCAUUCUCCCAGUGAGGUCCACCACAGCCCAAUUGUGCCAGCGGCCCCAAAGUCGGACCAGCCAGAGACAUUCAAAAACCUGCCUCACAAACUGCGCUUCAAGACAAACGGAGAAGGCAGCGAGCAGACAGCGGACACGCACACUAAAGGAUAUAAUAUGGAACAUGGACAGUGGGGUAACCAUGGAGACGCAGAGGACAGAGCCAGAAGGUCUCCACAACAGUACGCCCCGCCUCCCACAGCUGGCCAGUCCCCCAGGCACGGCCACAGUGACGUUUACCGUCAGGAGAACCAUACGCUUAAGUCCCAGAUCUCCUCCCUGACAGAGGAGGUGGCCCAACUCAAGAGACUCUUCACAGAACAACUCAUGGCCAAAGUCUAGCUGAUAAUUUAUGUUUGCGAUCAAUAUGUUUACAUGCUUUGUCUGACUAAAGUCGGACUCUAAAUACAUUCUUUAAAUAGUGAACAUUCACCAGCCCUUUUUGUUGCUACCUUGUCAUUAAAGUUUAGCAAAAAAAUCUUGAGAAUUAGAACCAAACACUGUUACGCAAAUGAUUUUCAGGGUUAACUUGCACCUUAUGACAAGAAUGUAAAAGGAAGAAAAAAAGACACACGAAAAGGAUAACUGAACUUUGCACUAAGAUCCACUGUUGUGCAUGUAAACUUAUUGAACGUGUCCAAGCAAUUCUGUUACAUUGUUUUUAUACCUAUUGUACUGUACAUGUACUGUCUUGAUCCAUUACUGUUGUCUGUGUAUUUAAAUAAUGGUUUUGGCUCAGACCCUCGCUGACACAGGGAGACUAGUGUAAUUAUGUUUUGUGUAUUAUAGCUUCUUUACCAACACUGUGACAACUACAGCAACAAACUGUAAAUCAGGAUUAGAUUGAGACAGAGCAAACGCAAUGAGGCAUACAGAGAAUUAACAUAGAGAUUCUGAACGCACCAUGUUCCCAUCACUGAAGCAGGUUUGGUGAGUUCAUGUAAAAUAAUAACUAUACCUGGUAAGACCUCGUAACAUUGUGACAUAUGUUGUAUUAUUGUAAAUGUUUUGGGGAGUCACAUGACCAUUCAGGAAGUGUAACUACAGUGAUCUACUGUUUAUGCAUGGGUGAAAACGGUUUAUAAUAUUAUGUCUGCUGUCUGUACACUUAUAUAUAUUAUAUAUUUGAAAAUAAAUGCUUGUUUUUUAUCACACUGAA